AUGGGAUUCCGUUCGCUACUGAAGAGAGCCUUGACGGAGAACGACAAUGACAAGUUCCUCAAAGUCGAGAUCGGCCAGGUCUUCUAUGACCGAUACAGAGUUGAAACUCAUCUAGGCGCUGGUAGAUAUGCCUCCGUUUGGCUGGUCAUAGACAGCACGAACGGUGAACAUGCAGCUCUCAAGAUCCUGAACAGCGACUUUUAUAAUGGCGGCCAUCAAAUAUUCGAAUUGGAGGUGAUGCAAAGAGUCAGCGCUGUCUCCCACCAAUCCACACAUCCCGGCCGAAACCAUGUCACAUACCUGAAGAACCACUUCGAACUCGAAGGACCCACCGGCAAGCACGUUGCAAUGGUGAUGCCUUUGCUAGGCGACAGCAUCGCAGAAAAAGCCACCACAGGACACAUCAUGCGCAUACCUCCCCCGACAGUCCGAAAUAUUGCAAAGCAAAUGCUCGAAGCAUUGGACUUCCUCCAUAGCGAGUGCGGCGUCAUCCACACCGACCUCCAACCCUCGAACAUCCUCAAAGACGACCAAGGACAAUCGCCUCAGGAAAUCGAUGACCUUGUGCGCACGCAUUCUUCAGGACCUGGCUUCAAUGACCCGAAUAUGCAAUUCCGCCUCAACGAUCUAGGAAUCGCUUGUUUUGUAGAUCAGCAUCUCACAGACAAUAUCCAAUCUGAAUAUCUACGCGCACCAGAAGUCACGCUCGAAGCACCUUGGGAUCCCAGUGUCGAUAUUUUCAGUCUUGGUUGUUUGCUCUUCCAAUUUAUCACUGGAGAUUUGCCAUUCGUCGGCCGACCUGGUCCAGGUGUGACCGCAGAACAAGACCGGAUAGCUUUGCUGGUCUCCACUUUUGGACCCAUCCCUAAUGUUGUUUUGGACAACGCUGCGCUCGGAAAGGAAUUCGAGCAUCAAUGUGUGAAUGGUCAUGGUUUCCCUGUUUCUCUGGAGACGAUGGUGGGACAGAGUUUCGCGGGUGAUGCACAGGGUAUGUUACCUAUCGAUGAGUUGGAACUGUUCUGCGAUUUCUUGAGGAAGAUGUUGGCGUCGGAUCCUAGGGAGAGACAAAGGGCGGGUGAAUUGGGUAAACAUCCCUGGCUAUUUUACGUUCCUGAGUAG